AUGGCCAGCGCGGGGCUGCAGCUGGUGGGCUACUUCCUGGCGCUGGCCGGCUGGGUGGGCGCCAUCUGCUCGUCGGCGCUGCCGCAGUGGAAGCAGAGCUCGUACGCCGGGGAGGCCGUGGGGCUGUAUGAGGGCCUGUGGAUGAGCUGCGCUUCGCAGAGCACCGGGCAAGUCCAGUGCAAACUCCAUGAGUCGCUGCUGUCGCUCGACGUUCAUAUCCAGACUUCGCGGGCCCUCAUGGUUGUUUCUAUACUCCUGGGCUUCGUGGGGGUUGUUGUCAGUAUAAUUGGAAUGGAGUGCACCAAAGUUGGGGAUGAGAAUCCUGUGGCCAAAAGCUGGAUUGCUGUUUUGGGGGGUGUCUUCUUCCUACUUGCAGGUCUAUGCACAGUGACAGCAGUUUCAUGGUACGCUGCACGGGUGACGUAUGAAUUCUUCAAUCCCAACAUACCAGUCAAUGCCAGGUAUGAAUUUGGACCUGCUCUGUUUGUGGGCUGGUCAGCAGCCAGCUUGACACUUCUGGGAGGUGCCUUCCUCUCCUGUUCCUGCCCCAUGCCAGGAGAGCGGGGACAGCAGUACUACCGGCAGUCUCAGCCUUCAACAGCUAGAGAGUAUGUCUGA